AUGAAAGAAAAGAAAGGAAUGUUGAUGAAGAAAGUUAUGGAAAAAAUCAUAGAAGAAAUGAGAGUAGAGAAAGAAAUUGUGAAGAUUGCAGAAUUACGUAUGGAAAUGUCAGAAUUAACAAGAGAAGUAGAAGAACUUCGUUCUGAAAAAGAAGCUUCUCAUCAGUUUGAUGGUUGGAGAAACCAAACAAGGACACAAUAUUCCUUGUCUCCCGAUCCAUCGUCAGCCAGAUAUCCAAACGUCAGAAAACAUUUGGAGCUAAUGAAUCAUGAAUAUAAAAAGGCUUUCUGGAAAAAAGAGAAAUGGCAAAGCGGAUUUCAGCACAUGGUAAAUAUUAAGGACCAGAAACUCGUAGAUUUGCAACCUUUAGUACCAUGGGACGACUGGGUUGAAGGCUUAGAGGCAAUUAUUGAUAACUCGGGAUAUCAUUUGGACGAAAUUUCUGAAUCGAAUACUGAGAAAAUUCAAAACGUUUUACGAUAUGCUGAUAUGAUAAAGGAAAGUAUUCAGAAUAUAAAAAUUGGAAGGAAGAGGUGGUAUGACGAUCAAUUAUAUAUAGAGAAUGAUUUCAAGUCACCUCGUAAUGCACCAGCGUGGGCAAUUUCAUCUUCCUAUCAUUCUGGAUAA